AUGGUGCCACACUGCCGCCCGCCGCCGAGCGCAGGUGUCGCCAAAUGCCGCGAAACGGCGAAGCGGUUCCGCCACGCUGCCGGAAAGCGUCCAACCGUUGCUGGCUGGACUCAGUUCUUGAGUCGUCAUGUACAGACUGUGGCCUUGCAGACUGCUCAACCCCGCUUGGGGUCCUGUGGGACUCCCACCCACGGCAGCCUCUUGCUUCUUCUCCGCCUCGGGUGGGUGCUACUUUCCAGGGCCCAGGCUGCAGACACGGAACUGGGUGUCAUGACCCCAUGGCUGCAACGGGACCUGUCCUGGCAGCGGCCUGAGGUGACUGUCAUCCUUCUGAGGGCCCAGCGGUGCACAGAGACUGAGCACGAGAAGGCCUGCCCCCCGGGGCGGAAGGCCCAAGUGUUGGACGAAAACUUUGUCUUCUACGAGGAGUGGGAGCUGGAGGCUUGUGUGGACAGAGCCCUGCUGGCCGCUCAGAUGGACCAGGUGAACCUGGUGCCCUUCACCUACCAGCAGCUGCACAUUUUCAAGCGCAAAUUGGAUGAGGGGUACCCUGAGUCCCUGAUCCAGCACCUGAGGUACUUCUUCCUUUGGGUGACCCCCGAGGACAUCCACAAGUGGAAUGUGACUUCCCUGGAGACCGUGAAAUCUCUGCUCAAAGUCAGCAAAGGGCAUGGGAUGGAUGCUCAGGUGGCCGCCCUCAUUGCCCGCUAUGUAGGGGGAGGGGGCCAGCUGGACAAGGCCACACUGGACACCCUGGCCACCUUCCCCGCUACCUACCUGUGCCUCCUCAGCCCUGAGCAGCUGGGCUUCAUGCAGCUCAACGUUGUUUGGGUGACCAGGCCCCAGGACCUGGACACAUGCAGCCCAUGGCAGAUGGCUGUCCUCUACCCCAAGGCCCGCAUCGCCUUCCAGAACAUGAGCGGGUCUGAAUACUUCACAAGGAUCAAGCCCUACCUGGGUGGGGCCCCCAUGGAGGACCUGCGGGUUCUCAGUCAGCAGAACAUAAACAUGGAUGUGGCCACAUUCAAGAAGCUGCAGAGAGAGGCUGUGCUGCCGCUGACCAUUGCUGAGGUGCAGAAACUUUUGGGUGCAAACCUGGUGGGCCUGAAGGCUAAGGAGGGGAACAGCCCACUGCGGGACUGGAUCUCCCGGCAGUCGCAGGAGGACCUGGACAGUCUGGGGCUGGGGCUCCAUGGCGGCACCCCCAACGGCUACCUGGUCCUGGACUUCAACGUCCGAGAGGACUCCUCCGGAGGCCCUCACCUCCUCAGACUAGGACCUGGACCUGUGCUCACUGUGACCCCAAGUCGGCUCCUGGCCUUGAUCCUGAACUGAGCCCACUGCUAUGCUCUGGGAACUGGGCCCUGCCAUGGAGACACCACCUGGCUGGGAGUAGGCCUGGAUGGUCUCUGUCUGACCCCGAGGGCACCAGAGCUCAAUAAAAGAAGCCCCAUCCCCCCUUGAAGAGGUGCCCUGUGGUGUUCUGAGAACUGGGUGGGAGGGCCCUGAUGGCUGUGGCCCAGUUGACAGGGUUCCCUGGGUUUCAGCCCUCCUCUUUGCACUUGGAAAGGGGAGGGACUCCAGGCAGGGGCGCCCUCAGGGCCUUCCUGAUGCUGUUUCCAUUGUUGGGUCUCCCCCCAGGCCAGGCCAACACUCAGGGUGGCUUCUGGUGACACUGCUGCCCCAAGAGAUGGCAGGCUGGAGUCCUGAUCCUAGUUAAGAGAGUCUCUGUCCCUCCUCAGGCCCAGAGCAAAGGGACACAGGCAGGAAGAUCACCUUGUCCUUUUUCAAAUCAAUCAGCGAAGUCAGUCCGCGGAAACCCCUCCCCAACCCCAGUUCUUCAUCUGGAAGAAGCCAGAGGGCAGGGGCAGCAUCUCCCUCACUGGCUGGGGCAGUGACCUUGGGCCCAGGUCCUCAGUCUGGCUCCAGGUCCUGGGAGCUGGGUGUGGGCAGGGACUGGCCCUGCAGGCUCCUGGGAUGCGGGACGUGGCCAGGUCCCCUGGGCAUGGGGCAGGCGUCUUGGUCUAGGUAGGCAUCCAGCUCCACCUACCAACCCCGGUUUUCCUGCAAGUGGUGCUGGGGCAGCGCUGUCUUUGGAGGCCAUGGGGCAGGUGCCCUGUGAGUGGUUCCAGCUGGGCCCCAGGGUGCUCCAAUACAGCAGCCACAGGAGGCCCGACGGCAGGGCUACAGCAAGUGGCAGAUACCCCAGGUGGGCUGCCUGUAGGUGGAACAUGGAAGGAGCACCCUUCAGUCCAGCUGGGAGCCCCCAGGCUGUCCUGCCUCUCCCAGGCCUGGGCGGCCCCUGCGCCGGGCUCAGGGCUCACACCAUCCCUGUGGGUGGGGAAGAGCAGUGAGGACCCCCAUGUACAGCUGCUCUUCUGGGUCCCGAUGGGGACCUCAAAACUUCCCCACUCUCCACUUUCUGCUGCUCAGCAGAUUUUGGAGGAGGUGUCCCUCAGCAGGCAAUGCAAGGUGAAGCCAGUGUCACCCAGAUGUCACCCGAGGAGGCAGAUGGAAAGAGUAGGCCAACGCUGAAUGAGAUUGGGCGCAAGACAAGAAGCUAGUAGCAGUUGGGGGAGGGGGGCCACACAGGGCAGAGGGAGGAUGGCCCGCUGGAGUGGGGAGGGUGGGUGCAGGCCUACCUGAGCUGGGGUCAGUGCUCCAAGGCCGGUCUGAGGUGGGGACUAGAUGGGGCAUCCAGGGGAUGGUGUUGGGGGUCCCAGUUGUCAAGUGGGUGAGGCCAGUGGGGCCGGUUGGGUCCGUGUCCAGGCCCAGCUCACCCAGGGCUGACCGACUGAGGCUGCAGAGCCAGGAGCUGAUGGUGGGGUGGCUGUGAGCCUUCUGCAGGUGCCCCAUGUUCCGGCCCAGCAGCGUCGUCACGUUGCCCACGCUCAGGCUCUGCGAAGGGAGCGAGGGGUCGUGGGCGGGGUCAAUGCCUGGCCGGAGCGCAGGGGUGAGACCCAGCAGAACGCACCUGGAGAAGUGACCUGGGGCCCACACUGCCUGCACACCUCCGACUUUGGGGUGGGUGUUGGGGCCUGCAGACCGUAACCUAGGCAUCCUCGUCUAGGCCAGCCCCACCCCCUGACGGGUAGCCCCCGGCGCACCUGCAGCACUCGGGUGUUCAGACUGGUGAAAGUGUCAAUGUCCACGGAGACGUUAGCCUGGGGCAGGUGCCGCAGCUCCUCCACGGGGGCACCGCCUAGGGGCGGGGCAGCGAUGAGGGGCGAGGCUUCCUGGGGCGGGGCUUCCGGGAGGCGUGCCCUACGCAGGGCGAGGUCUCACCGAGGUGGAGGGAGGCGUGAAGCUGUAGUAGGCGUCUACGGUUCUGGCGGUGCCGAAGGCCUCUCGGGCCUUGUCGUAGAGCACGUUCUUGCGGCUCUGAGGGCAGGAGGAGAUGUCCAGGGCUCCGGCCAGCCUGGGUGGGGGGUGAGGCUGAUGGGCAGGCCAGAGGCCCCUCCUCCUCUGGACGCUGGGCCUGGCUCCCGCUUUCUGAACCACAGCUUUCCUUUUGCUCUCCGUGCUAGGCUCAGUAGUGUCUCCUCCAAGUUCACGUCCACUCAGAACCUCAGAAUGUGAGCUUAUCUGGAAAUAGGGUCUUUCCUAAUUGUAGCUGUAAUCAAAUUAAGAUGUGGUCAUACUGAUUUAGGGUGGGCCUUGAAUCUAACGACUGGGGUCAUAAGAAGAAGGAAACUUGGACACGGACACGGUGGGAAGCCAGCUGUGACAGAGGCAGAGAUGGGGGUGAUGCAGCCCCGAAGCUGGAAGAGGCAGGAAGGAGCCUCCCCUACGGGUUUCAGAGGGAGGCCAGCCCUGCUGACACCUUAACUUCAGACUUCUGGCCUCCAGACUGUGAGAGGACACAUUUCUGUUGUUUUUAGCCACUCUGUUUGUAAUCUUUUGUUACGGAGGCCAUAGGAAGGAAGCUAAUCACCUACGAUGGCCUGGCCUGGGCCCCCACCAGAUCCUCCCUUGGCCGAGGAGUGGAGGUGGCUCCGAGGUGUGGGGGGUGGGUUGCUGGGUGGGCUCACCAAAACUCCAAGGGCCGGAUGGCCUGGAUCCGGCGGGGGCUCAUCCAACAGAGGCGGGAGCCCCCGUUGGCCACAAGCAGGGCACUGGUGAUGGUGCCGUUGUGGUCCAGGAACUUCUGCAGGAUGACCUGUGGGCAGGGUUCGGGUCUGCAAGGCCAGGGUCAGCGGGGUCCCCUGCCCACCCCCACCCCCACCCUCACCUCUGUCUGGUUCUCCAGGGCCCCGUCUGGGGCCAGGAGGGCCAUGACCGUGUCCUUGGACGUGACGUGCCACUGGCCAAU